AUGAAAUCACUGCCAAGGCAAGCAUGGUUAGGAAAGUUUCCCGCCUCAUCAUGCACAAAACUUCGACGCACUUUUAGCGCCCGCAAUAUCAACGCUCGUAACGACAAGCAAACAGAUACUAAUCCGCCCAUUCAAGUUUUCGAGAAAAACAUAACAAAAGACGCUCUAGAAGGGCUUAUACGAAAUCAUUGGAAUCUCUAUAAGACGAAUAAAGUGCACUGCGCAACGAAAAACACAAUUUCACCAAUUAGUAAAAUCAUUACCGAAACAGCUCGAGCAGACACUUCAAAGCAUUUUAAAACAUCCCGCACUUAUCGUUCAUUUCUACGAUGGGAACUGCUGCGAAACAUUACGAAUUCAACUAAGCUACCAGCACUACUGGCUUUGCUAAAGAAGUCGGAUGACUUGCUUUUUGACCUUUAUCAUACCGACGACAAACCAUAUUUGAUUGACAGUCUUAUCACAAAUUGUUUAAAAUACAAUGAUAUUGCUAACGCAGUGAACCUUUACAUCUGGUAUUACACGAACAUUGCAAGCACCGUUCCUGACUUGAAUAUAGCGGCAUCAAUGAUCAACGCAAUUGCUUUCUCAAGUCCAUAUACAGACAGGGUGAGCCUUCAAAGCUUUUUGUUGAUAAUGAACUUCCUCUCUCAAAGAAAAGUUAAUUUCCGACUUACAGAGCAGAAUGCUACCCAAAUAUGCGGGAAGGCGAUGUCCCAACUGAACAGUACGCUGAACAAAGAUGUUCUGAACAUUGUUUUAGAUGUACCAUUUGAUGAAGAUAAUACAGUGAGAAAUCUUCAAAUAAGAACAUCAUAUUCCCUAAUAAAGGAGGAUUUUAAGAGAAACAAUCCUGCUGGAGUACUAUACCAAUGGAAAUCGGUUCAGAACCACUACAAAUCUAUGACCAAUCAUGAUUCCAGAAUACUUUAUCAAGUAAUCAAGCUAUUCACAAAACAAAGGUCAUACCGCAUCCAUUGCCGCCAAAUUAUCAAAAAAUUAGAACCCGAAUAUUAUGUUAACAAUGCUCUACUACUGCCUUCUCUUAUCAACUUCGCAACAAAAACAAACAAUUUACCUUUAGCAAGCAAAAUAAUGUCCGAUAUCACAAAAUACUCAAACGCAAAAACUCAAUCCUGCAAUCUAACGUCAAGACUAACGUUGUCAACAUUAUUGAGAUUACACCUACAUUUUAAGGACUCAUCAGGGGUUGAAAGAAUACUCAAACAGAUAAGGAGCACGAAUAGCGACAUUUCAGGAAGUGACUACCAGGCAAUAGUUUUACAUCUUCUUAAGACAGACACAGAUGAGGACUUGCUUAAAGCAGUUGCUUUAGCAAAGAGUGUCAAAGGAAAACAAUGUUUUCCUUCAAUAGCAACGAUAGUAAACAAGCUCGCUGGAACUUACAAACAAGCAAAGAAUCCAAACAGCAUAAGGGACAGGUCUAUAAUACAGAAUCUUUUAAACACCGCAGAUGUGAUAGAUCCUAGACAUAUGGACAAAUUAUGGGACAUAGUAGCUUCCGUUUACACCAAGACCUUAACAACCUACAGGAAAAAAACUAUAACGCAAAUGCUUCAAAAGGGCAACAAAGUGGCUCAUAAAACAGAAUCAUCUGCUGACCUUUUGAAGUACUUAUUUAUUAAAUCCUGCAACAGACCUGCUUGCGAAUCAACAGCAGAUCCUUUCAACACACCAAACACUAAUGAUAUAAACCUCAAGUUAACGAAAAACAAUAAAUUAGUAAUUUUGAGGACAAUUGCUAAGGAAGCCAGGUUCGUUAAUAAACUGCACUUAUUAAGGUGGUGUGUUACAGAAAUGAUAAAGGCUGGCAUGCCAUUAUAUGAAGUGGAACUAGAAUGGAAUGUUAUGGAGAAACAUCAAAUGAGAAGGUGCAGCUUUACUGACAGGCAUUCGAUAACACAUAAUCUAAAGGAACAUGGUAUCAAAAACUUCAAAAGCGUAAUUCAAACAAAUUGA